UCCUUUCUGCUAUAAGUACAAAGCCUGAAAUUUUGGAAAAGAAGUUAGUUGAUUAGAUAGUCCCCUGUGCUCAACUGGUACUUAUUUCAUCGACCAACAGUAAUAACCAUAUGUAAUAAGGAGUAUGUAUUUAUGAUGAUAGAUUUUGCACGACGACAAACUAUCGGACAACCUCACUAUAUGCCGCAACCGAUGUUUUGUCACCCCCAUACCGCUGUCAGCUCUCCGUGCGUACGUACACACAAAACGCACUUAACGUUUAAAUUAAACUAGCUCAGUCAGCCGACACUAACUUGAAAAAUAACGGCAGUAGCAGUAGACUGUCUGACAGACACACAGGAACCUAACGAAGAAUAAUAACUUCCAAUAACGAUAAGAGCAACAAUAUUUCAGUACCACUACCGUCACCACCAUCAGCAUCAACAACGGCAAGACUAUCAUCAUUGUAAUCGUCAUCGUCAUCAUCACCAUGUACAACAUUAAAAACAACAGUAACAGCAGCAGCAGGGCUAAUGAAGAAGAACAACGAUGUCCAGUUUUUAAGAGUGGAAUCAGACCAAGUGUAUAUUAUUGUUUGAAUGCGUGUGUGCGCGAAUGUAUGUGUUUGUGUGUUACUGUUGUUUAAUCACAGAUCAGUUCUGACUUGAUCGUGUAAGGCCUACCAUCAGAAUUAUUCGUUACAACCGUGGUCAUCUCUUCGCUUCGUUCCAGUCAAAUCUUUGUGUCACUCUCAAAACACAUCACCAAAUGUACUUCAACUUCAUCCAAACUGGAAGUAUUUGGUGGUUUUUGAGGGGGAUUUUUGGCAGCUAUAGCUAGCCAGCCGGUCGGGCGACUGCUAUUAGUGGAAGGUAAGUAGCUAAGUUAUUUUAAUACUACCUACUUAACUUGAGACGAACAACAGGGGUGUAAAUUUUUCGUCGCAAACCCACCGAACAGAACAGUAAACAAAGUUGAAUAAUUUACCGAGGAGUAUAGAAGAUGAAAAUAAAUAGAUAAAUAAAUAACAACGGAAACGAAAAAAGAAAAGAAAACAAAAGACAAAAGCGAAAGAAAAAAGAACAAGAACAAACAAAACGAAGAAAAGUGGGGGAAAAUAUGGAGAAAGAACAAUAUUUGCUUUAUUUCUGAUAUACGGAUAAUCUUUAUUUACAGUUUGGUGACAUCUUUCUAGUUUAGUUUUCUAGUUUUCCCAUCUCAAAAAAAAAAACAAAAACGAAAAUAAUUCAAAUAAUUUAUUUCCAUAAAAACAUAUAAAGCUAUCUAUCUAUCUAUCUAUCUAUCUAUCUAUCUAUCUAUCUAUCUAUCUAUCUAUCUAUCUAUCUAUCUGUCUGUCUGUCUAUCUAUCUAUCUGUCUGUCUGUCUGUCUGUCUAUCAAUCUAUCUGUCUGUUAUACAUUCCCACCUUUAGCCUGUCUUUAUAUCUCCGCCUCUCCGUCAUAGAGCUAGCCGUAAAAUUUUCCUCCAACUCCCUAUCUUUCUCUCUGUUUAUUUGACUCCUCCCUCAUUUCCACUCUUCUGUCUGUCUAUCUAUCUGUUUGUCUGUUUGUCUGUCUACCUAUCUAAUAUUAUAUCUUGAACCAAGUCAAAAUUGCACGAGUAUAACAUUCAGUCUACGAGCAAUUAUCGUCCUCAGGUAUGUAUCUAUGGUGUCUGACUGUCUGCAUGUGUGAACGUGUGAGAGUGGUUCUGCUAGAUAAGAUGAAUAGCUGUCAGGAGGAGAGAAGAUAAUAAUGCUGUUUGAGGCUGGUUGGCAUUGGCCGGAGCCGAAUCCUUUUAACAGAUCGUUCGUCCAGAGAGUUGGGGAAAGAAAAGGAAGACGAAAAUCAGAUAUUGUUUCUACUUUGCUUUACCCAUCACCUCCUCAGUUAUGUUUCAUGGCUUAUUUUGUUUCCGGUUUCAAACACUUAUCACUUUCACGUUACAAGAACGCAGGGUGUUGUUGUGUACAUUUUUACGGUUGCCGUCAGCAAUACAACAGAACUUCUCCCCAACCUGGAAACUCAGGAGAAAAUCAACACCAAGACAGUUUUGCUACUGUUUCUACAGGAGGCCGCCAAUUAUCGUUAGACAGCGGCUGCCUCACAGCACAAUAUCUAAUGUACCCACCUCGAUUUGUAAUACUGGUAGUGCUGAUUGCUAUGACAGCUUGCAGUAGUAUGGCCAUGCCAGUACAGGUUGUUGCAGCUUGGUCGACGACGAGAAAUUAUUCAACGUAUCGUAACAACAACACGUCCCGCAGCAUCUCGCAAACUUACACCCCAGUUGAAGCAUCAUCACUUUUGUCGCGUCACUUGAAAUCCAAUCGUUUUGUGUCCGUGUCAAAUUCAAAUUCACUUUGGUCAUCACUGCUAAAUAGAGACACAGUAAGAAGCUCUUCAUUUCACCACUGGACAAUUGCUAAGGACGCUCUAUAUGGUAACCAGGGGGUAGAUGAAGGAAAUAAUCACCAUGUUACUUACAGGGACAAAGAUUUAUCGGAGAACGUAGACGAGACACACGUUCGUAAACGUCGAUCAUUGACACCAGAUAUAUCAAAAUCAAACAUGGAUGCACUCGAACGUUUGUCACGUGUGUUCGGUAUUCGGCGACUUCCGUCACCGGACAAAGUGUCACCGCACAUGAUCGCUCCUGAAUACAUGACUCAACUUUAUCAAAGCAUUACAGACAGCGGAGGCCUGACAAAGGCUAAUAGUCCUUACAAUGCGGAUAUUAUACGUAGCUUCCCAGACAGAGAUUAUCGACAUCAAAUGCACUUCUAUUAUAACGUAUCGUUUCUGGAACGUAAAGAAAAUAUCUUACAAGCGGAGUUCCAUAUAUUUAAAUUGCGACCCAAAACUGUUCAACCAAAUAUACUUAAAUCUCAUUUAGUUACGAUUCAAAUUUAUCAAGUUUUGUCUCUAAAGAAUAUUGAUGCUCCUUCUAGCCUCAAGUUGAUCGAUGUUCGUCGCCUGAGUGCAUACAGUCACGGUUGGGUAACUUUCACAGUGAUGAGUGCCCUGCUCUCCUGGAUGAACAACACCUCGCCCAAUUAUGGAUUACUUGUUAGAGCCACAGUGAUGUCUGGUGAGCCAAUUAAUAGUACGUUUAUACGGUUCGCCCAAAGAAGAGCUCACCAUGAUAGCAAACAACCCAUUUUAGUGGUCUUCACUGAUGAUGGUCUCCAGAAACAUCGCAAUUACAUUUCCCCGACGGAUGAAGGUUACCAAGAAAUAAAAGAAGAUAUACUACGUCACGAACUAGCACAGACUUCGAGAAGACUUGACUUCAGGAAAGCCAUCAGGCUUUUAAACGAAAAAGACCGAGCUGAUUACGAACGAAGUCAAGGUAAUUUCCCUAAUUUCAAAUCACGGCAGAAACGAAGUGUGAAAUCGGGAUCAGGAGGCAACAAUACAAGGCAUCGUCGACGUCCUGCGCGAAAUAUUUAUCGACGGAAGAAACGAAACUGCGCCCGUUAUGAAAUGUAUGUUGAUUUCAGUGCUAUCGGUUGGUCUGGUUGGAUAAUUUCACCGAAAGGUUAUAAUGCCUAUCAUUGUGCAGGGGCAUGCCCAUUCCCUUUAGGUCAAAGUCACAAGCCUACGAAUCAUGCUACAGUUCAAAGUAUCGUUCAUGCAUUGCACGCCGACAAAAAUGUGCUUACUCCGUGCUGUGUCCCUGAUAAACUAUAUUCCAUAAGCCUGCUAUAUUUUGAUGAUGAUGAGAAUGUAAUUUUAAAGCUCUACGAGGAUAUGGUUGCUGCUAGUUGCGGUUGCCACUAGAUGGCAAUAUGACAGAGUCAUUUAACUUCUCCUUAAAUGCUUUUGAACAUUACAUGGACGCCAGAAAUUCCUUAUUUGCUCACUCUUAUAAAUCUAAACCAUCAUUUCAAUGUAAAGAAAACAAACAAUUAUAUAUAUAUAUAUCCCAGUGGUAGAUGUCUGAUCAGCAUACCAAUUGAGAAAAUAAGGCCUUCGUUUAAAAGUUGAGUGAACUAAUGUCUCAUUCAAAAUUUGGCGAACCGAGUCACCCGUUAACUCGGUUUUGAUGUGCAGAUACAAUCGUUUCCUCUCGAAUUUCUGAUAGUUUAAGGAAAUUCAUGGACAUAGUCACUUCCCAUUUUCUCUCUUCUAAAUCACCCACCAAAGCGUUUGGAACUUACUUGAAAAGAAACCCUUCGAAAUUAUCCGAUCCAUCUACGUUUGUUCAAUUCACUUCAAUUUUGAAAUAUAACUGGAUCGACUUCUCUUCAAACAUCAGUCCUUCGCAAAUACACAAUUCAUAGAAUAAUAUCACGUAAUUCUAUUAUUUCUUCGCAGGAAACCUUUAAAUUUGAAGUGCAGCCGAAUGUUAGGAAAUGGCACUUUAUUUGUAUCCGACAUUAACAAAUCAUAGAUAUUUCACCUCUCGCUUGCCUUACCUCUUCUCUUUAUAUGUCAAACACGGUGUAACUUUGGUCUUAUACAAACACACAUAAAGUGGUGGUGUGAGCACUGAGAAGUAGAGUGUGCGACACGGGUUCAGUUCUUGGCUUAUAUAUUUCGUAUCCCUUCAAUUCUUUUACCUUCGAUGUCUCGUCGAUAUCGGUAAACCUUGAGAAAGAGAGUGGGAGAGAGAGAGAGUCAGAUGAACAAAGAUGAUUUAUAUUCAAUAUUCCGCCCUAAAACGAAGCUUUCGGUGAUGACCAAUAAAAUGAAAAACAAAAAAAAAGAAAGUCAAAAUGAAUCAAAGGCAUAUAUGCAUCUAAUGAAUAUAUUUACGUACGUAACAAUUUAUGUAUACACAGACACUCUUAUGUAUAUUAAAAUAAAUACAUGUGUAUUCUUUA